UAACUUCAAAAUGUUUUAUUUAUUUCAGGUUUUUGUUGUUUUGAACCUGGUCAUCUUCCCCAUUUUUUGAGUUUAAACACUGCGUUUAAUCAGCGUUGGUUAGCGUGGGAAGUUGUUGUAACUAAAUACGUAUUAGAAGGUUAUAGUAUAUCUGACAAUAGUGCUGCUUCCAUGUUACAAGUCUUUGAUCUUAGAAAAGUUUUAAUUACUUAUUAUAUAAAGAGCAUAAUAUACUACACUGUUCGUUCACCUCGUCUCUUAGAUUGGUUAGAAAACUCCAGUAUCAUGGAAGCCCUUCUUUUAACAACGAAUGAAGACUACGUUGAUCUCGACCCAACAUUUAAUAUACAUGUUGAUGAAGACUAUGAUCCAAAGAUGUCUGGUAUAUCAAGGACUAGUUUUUGUCGUGUUUAUCACACAUGGAUUCAGUAUUGUGCUUCAAGGAGAGACAAGACUGUAUCAUGUGAUACUAGUUCGGAUUUAGUGUCGUUAUGUUAUAGUUUAAGUUUAUUGGGUAGAAGAGCUCUUGGAGCAGCAUCACAGAAUGUAGCAUCUGCCAGCGUUGAUUUUUUCCUCUAUGGUCUACAUGCCUUAUUUAAAGGGGAUUUUCGUAUCACUUCACCACGAGAUGAAUGGGUGUUUGCCGAUAUGGAAAUGAUGAGGAGAGUUGUUGCCCCUGCCAUUAGAAUGUCUCUAAAAUUACAUCAGGAUCAUUUUACGUCACCUGAUGAAGAUGACGUAGCUGAAGGUCUAUAUGAAGCUAUAACUAGUCAUGAACAAAAUAUGGUCAUAUCUCAUGAAGCAGAUCCCGCGUGGAGAAACGCUGUAUUAUCUAAUGUCUCAUCACUACUUGCCCUCAGGCAUGUGUUUGAUGAAGGAUCGGAUGAAUAUAAAAUUAUUAUGUUAAAUAAAAGAUAUCUUAGUUUUAGAGUAGUAAAAGUAAAUCGUGAAUGUGUACGAGGAUUAUGGGCCGGACAGCAACAAGAACUUAUUUUUCUACGCAACAGAAAUCCAGAACGAGGCAGUAUUCAGAAUGCGAAACAAGCGUUACGUAAUAUGAUCAACUCAUCAUGUGAUCAACCUAUCGGAUAUCCAAUCUACGUAUCUCCAUUAACCACGUCGUAUUCAUCAACUCACGAACAAAUUGGUGGAGAAUUUAUUCUAGCUAAUGUUCGUAAAUUCUUUCAUCGAGUGUGGCGAAGGUUACGAGGGCAGUGUGAUGCUACAUGUGUUGGAGGUAGUUCAGCGUAUCAUGAUGAUCUCCCCUAUACAGUUAGUCACAGUCAACAGGUGGCAGUAGCAACAUUAGGUAAAUGUGAUGAAGUAUCGACACCAACUAAUGCAGGUCAAGAGAUAUCAUUACAGAAUCUUGGUAAUAGAGGUAGUUUAAUAUCUACUGCUAGUUCCGCUAGUAAACCUAAUGCUCUAGCUUCCCUUGCUAAUCUUAUAACUGAUCCUACUGCUAGUAAAGAACCAACGCCAUAUCGAGUCAGGCUAAUGGAUCCUCAACAAAUCUUUGAUAACUUGAAUCUCGGUCGACGGAUCGACGUUCAGUGGCCGAACGAGGACUGGAAACAAAACGGAGGUAAAAAUUGCUGGAAUGAUUGGAGACCAUCAAAAGGAACUGAAGGUUCAGUGGUUCAUCGUUGGGUGCCUGGACAUCGAGACCCCAACAAACGCUCCCACGUCGAUAAAACUAUUUUAUUAGUGCAAAUAGGCGAACGUUACGUGCCGGUUGCCGAUUCAGGAGUUUUAGAAUUAGGUGCAGAAGUUUGAUGUUGUCAUGUGACGUGUGCUUUGUUUUUCACAUUCCAUAUAAGGUAAACAUUUGAUGUGUUACCAUGACAGUUUAAAACUGUGAUAUAUUGUAAUAUAUACCCCACCCAGCGAUAGAAUAUAGAGCCAGCCAAUGAAAUGCUUCCUUGUAUCAAUACCAAAGGUUGGUGGAUUACAGCCAAUCAACACACUGCAUUCCGUGACGAUUUGUUGAUUAGCUUUUUUAAUUUUUUUUAAACGAUUCUACACAGUAGAAAUCUUGCUAUUUAAUUUAUCUCAUUGGUUUCUUGCUAUUUCAUUUAGUCAACUAUCGAUAAUGUGAAUUUAAUUAUUAAUUUAAAUGCCAUGCCUUUUAUUUCAAACAUUUGUCCUUAAUAUUCAGCAUAAUAAAUUUGAAAAAAUUGCCAUGGCAACCAGUUCUGUGGUAGUAUCUGCAAUGGCGCCUAACAGACAUGAUAAAAAAAUGCCAAUUUUAUCAGUUGAUUUACAUGUUAUAAAAAUUAGAAUUUCAAGGAAUUGAUCCUAAAAACAGAUAAAUUUUUCAUUUUUACGUGUAAUAAAACAAAACAUUUAAAACUUGGCAUAAUUUUAAAACUGUUAUAUUCUCAGGAAAAAAUGUAUUGCUGAUUUGAGGUAAAUUAAAUUUGUCAAAAAUAGACCGGCAGGCUGAAAUUUGAAGUGAAAUUAUGUAAAUAUGUUUAAUUGAAUUGAAUUAUGUGAUACGUUAAAUAAGACUCUACAUCCUGGUUUUCUUGGUAAGAUUUAAUUAACAUACAUUAUAUAAGAUAUGGGGCCUAUUUCACGAAAUUUUAACUAAGAUAAAAUCCAAUUUUAGUAAUUUGAUUGGAUAAUAUAUCA